AAAUGGUCGCCCGGUGAGGUGCAGGUAAACUUAACCUCAGCUCGUUGAUCUUGUGCUGCAGCUCGCGCUGGAGGCGGGCGCGUGCCGGUCGUUCUCUGGUAAAACGGUACGUUUCAGGUCUGUCCGCAUAACGAGCUGACAGCUUCACUAUACAUUGGCACAAUGAGGAAUGCUACCGUUCGCUGGGUUUCACCUGAACUCUCCAGGUGAUGUCACAACGCGAGACCCGAGUAACAGGAUCGGGGACAUUUCUCCCCUACUUAAACCUGACACAUGGAGCGCGCCGCUACGGAUGCGCUUUGGAGAGGGAUCCCGUCAUUCCCAUCCUUUGACAAAAUGGCAGGUGUGUUUGCCUACGAGAGCUCUGAAGUGGACUGGUGUGAGGACAACUAUAAACAUUCAGAGAAUGUUGUGGAAUAUUUCAACACGAUGAGCAGUUUUAUAUUCUUUGUGAUCUCACCCAUAAUGCUUUACUUGCUACACCCAUAUGCCAAGGAAAGGAACCUGGCUGUGCACCUGGUCUGGAUCAUGAUGGUCUUUGUAGGUAUCUUCUCCAUGUAUUUUCACAUGACUCUGAGCUUUAUGGGCCAGAUGCUGGAUGAGCUGUCAAUCCUGUGGGUCUUGGCCCUUGGUUACUCCCUGUGGUUUCCGCGGAGACACUUCCCUUCUUUUAUUAAGGACAGGAAAUCCUUCUGUCAUAUGGUCCUGAUCAUCACUGUCAUAAGCACUCUGUCCUCUUUUGUCAAACCUACAGCCAAUGCCUACGCCCUCAACUGCUUCGCCAUCCAUAUCCUCUACUCUCUGUUUGUGGAAUUAAGGAGUUGCACAGAUGAGAGAGUGCUGCGUCUGGCCUGGGCGUCCAUUGGCCUGUGGGUUCUGGCUAUCUCCUGCUGGAUUAGCGAUCGCUUUGGCUGCAGCUUCUGGCAGAAACUGGACUUCUGUUAUCUGCAUGGUAUCUGGCACAUUCUGAUUGUGGUGGCCACAGCUUAUGCUAGUACUUUGGUCGCUUACCUGGACGCUAGUUUGGAGAUCCCUUAUUCCCUACCUGACCUGCAGUACUGGCCACGGAAUAACUGGUCCAUUGGACUUCCUUACAUAGUCCUCAAGGGCACCACAAAGACACAGAAAAGAUGUUAACAGGCAUGUUUAAAGCUUGGAGUAACGCUGAUUCAGGACCAGCCUUUACAUUUCCAAAAUGGUGAAUACAUUUAUAUGGGCAGGAAGGAGCUGAUCCUAGAUCAGACACUGUACGUUAUGUGAACUCUGAAGAGAAACUUAUAUGAAACAAAUGCUGUGCUGAGUUGUUGCAGUUUCUGGAGCUUUCUUCAUAUUUCUCACAGAAACUGAAGUAUGAGUGUGAAUGUUUCUAUGCAAGUGACCGUUCAUAUUCUCAUCUUUACAAACAACAUGGUGUUGUUAUGUGAAAACAGAUAUUUGCACUGUUGUGACUAGAUUGAAUGUUUGUACAAAGCAUUCUGAAUUUUACUUGAUUUUCUUGUUAACUGAGAAAAUUGUUAUAAGCAACCGUUUGAUUCAUGGGUGAAACUUGAAUACUAAUUGUAAAAGAAAAUAUCAAUGCUCGAUUCAUAGUCUGUUCAGAGGAAGUCAUGCCGCCUGUCUGAUGUGAGAUGUCACUUUCUGAAAUGAUUUUCCCACAGCAAAUGGUGCAGACGUUUGGGGAUUAUGUAUCAUUUUGAUGUGGCAUUUUUGUUAUUUUACUGUGUUUCGUUAAAAAACUAUUUUAACUUCUAACUUCCACCUCAGUGUAUGAAAUUGUGAAUAUUGAUGAUGGCGUACUGUUCAAUGACAACACUGUGGAAAAGACUUAUGUGACAUAAAACUAAUUAUUUGUGGCUUAUUUUUAUAUAAAUUAUGAUUGCUGGGA